AUGGACUCAAAAAUUCAAAUAGAAAUAGUCGGAUUAAUCAAAGACUAUAACUUUCACGUUGCAAAAAGUAUAGCAGAGGUAAAUAUUUCAUUUCUAUAAUUUCUUAAAUCUACAUUUUUAUAUAUAACUUAAUAAUACUGUUUACCCCUGAGAAUUAACACUUGUAUCUCUUGACUACACCAUACAGGGGCUCAAACAGAAGUUUCCUGAGGCAUUUCUGGAUCCAAAAGUUCAACCACUACUCGAAUUCGACUGGCAUGCGUAUCUUUUAAACAAGAAAAGGGUAAGUCGAAUAAAAGCCAGUUAAGAUUAUCAGGUCAUGCCCAUUCAUCCAUGUGGCUAGUACCUACAAGUUUAGGUUAAGAUUAUACUGUAAAUGUCAAAUGUUUAAUAUGCUAAAAUAUUUGUCUUUUUUACAUUAUUAUUGUUUUUUGUGCUCAUAAUCUUCAAAAUAACCUAAACAACCCUCCCAAAUCACUCAACCAUUCAUUUGUAAAAUAGAGCAACAAAAAUGCAUCAGUUGUAUGGUCUUGUGUAAUAGUCUCUAUUGUUCUACCCCUCAUGAACCUAUCUGGAAUCAAUGAGUUUGUUAUAAAUAAUAGAAGCAAAUUUAUGAACAGCUAAUCACACCCACACACCCAAAUCCUGCUGUAGUUUGACGUUGUGGUUAUUGUGACUUGCUGAAUGAAUCACAAAACAUUUGCCUCUCCGCACUUGUGAUUCAAGGAGCUGCGUGGUGAAGUGUGGCAGUACUCCAGCAGCCUGAUGUGCUCUCUCAAUGGCAUCCCCCUCGGUGAUGAGAAGGAUCUUGUGAGCUGGGCUGGUGAUCAUUGGAGUUUCAUGUUCACUCAGCCACAGGCUUUCUUUGUGGCUAUGGCUGAGGACUGCUAUACCAAACAUUUACAGAAAACGGGGGCAAGUCAACACUAAAGUUAUAGAAACUAUUAUACUAAUAUAAUAUUUAUGCUGGUAAAGUUAAUUUGACCUUUUUUACAUUACCUUAUUUCCAACCAAAACACAAUUAUAUUCAUAAUCAACUUCUGUGAAUCAUUAAGUUGACGGCCCCUUUUUAUUCAUUACAUCUUAAUUUAUUAUAAAGAUUGAAAUUAAUCUUACAUGAAUAUAUGUCUUUUUAAUAUAGCAUCAGUUUGUUUACAUGGACAUUGAGAUAGAAGGAGAAGAAGCAGGGAGAUUAUUGUUUGAGGUGAGUCACCUAAAACACAUUUAAUCUUUUCCUACAACAAAACCUUGCUCCCCCAAAUUAAGAAACGCACUACUGGAUGAUUAUAUAACAACAUGUACAAGUGAUUGAAGUACUUUUACAUGACAGUAACAUGUAAACAAUGCACAUUGUCUUCCAUUUCCCCUAGCUGUUCCCAGAUAUUUGUCCAAAGACAUCAGAGAACUUUGCAGCUCUGUGCACAGGAGAGCAAGGUCUGUCAGAGAGUGGCUACCCUCUUUGCUACAGGGGCUCAGUGUUUCAUCGUGUGGUGCCCAAUGGCUGGAUUCAAGGUGGAGGUAUGACACAAGCACACAUAAUCUGUUACACAACUUUAGCAUCUGUGCUGUUAAUUCUAUUUACCAAACAAUUAGUUCUGACCAAACAACCUGAUUGGACAAAAAUUGGCACCCUAUGAAGUGCUGAUAUAGGAGACAACAUCACAUGGAUUUCCAGUGUAUCUAUGUGUAACUCUGCUGGUGCAAGUGUUUUUCUUGACCACUUAGCUACUAGCUGAUAUCUCUGAAUCUCACAACAUACUUCUGUUUCAUUGGCCGCACAAUUAGAUUAUCAGGCAUCAAGAACAAUUUCCUGUACACUGCCUCACUUUAAGCUGACGUGUUUAUUGACUCAUACAACAUUUCGGUCUGACAGACCUUCACUGCUAGUGUGCUGAAGCUUUUCUCAUUGUUUUGAAGUUUACUCUCCUCCAACUCAUGCGUCACAUAUAGUUCAGAGAGUUCAGCUGUUCAGAGAUUUUUCCUCAACAUUUGUACAAUUAAAUUAUAUGUAAUAAAGUAUAUGUUAUUCACUGUAAUUAUGUGACAUACUCUUCUGUUUACAGUGUUUAAGAUAAAAAAAUCUUCAAUGUUCUUUCUGUAUUGCACAACAUAGUUUUGCACAAUAAAGCCCAGCUCUUAUUGAGAUCAUGGAUGAAAAAUAACAUUUUUAAAGUAGACUGUGAAAGGAAUUAACAAUAUCUUAUUUAAAAAAAUAGCAUCGCUUUGGUGUAGCCAUGUGGUAACUGUAUGUCUUUCGUUUUGCAGAUAUUUCUCUGGAAAGGAAAGGAAAUGGAGGAGAGUCAAUCUAUGGCCCAACUUUUGCAGGUAAAUAUUGCAAGACAUCUAAUUUUUUACCAUCAGAACAAACUGUGUAUGAAUGUACAAUUUGUUAUUAGGAUAUUUCUUGCACUGUCUGCAAGUCUACUGGAACAUGAGUGCUUUUUCCUUUAGAUGAGAGCUUUGCCGUGUCCCACUCCAGACGAGGAACUCUAGGAAUGGCAAAUAAGGGCCCCCACAGCAAUGGAUCCCAGUUCUACAUCACCUUACAGCCAACACCCUGGAUGGACAGAACUUACGUUGCCUUUGGGUUUGUUUUAAAUUUGUCCUUUUGAAAUGUCCAAGCUUUGGGAUCAUGCUGAAACUUCAUAUAUUUAUCUCUUUUCUAGUCAGGUGGUGGAGGGUGUGGACGUCCUCAGGAGAUUAGAAGGGGUUUUGACCUGCAAUGAAAGACCAAAGUAUGAAUGUAGAGUCAAAGGUUGUGGAGUGUUUAUGUGUAAUAACUGA